UCGUCAUCGUUGGCAAUCGUUUGGGCAGAUUAGACAGACAGAUGGCGGCACAGGGCAUUGAGACAGGACAUGAGGACAUGGUCCACGAUGCGCAGCUUGAUUACUACGGCAAGCGCCUUGCCACUGCCUCUUCUGACACCACUGUCAAGGUCUUUGACAUGGUGGGUGAGGCCAAGGGCCAGCCGGCCGUCCUGAACGGACACUCGGCGCCUGUGUGGGCGGUGGCGUGGGCCCACCCGAUGUUCGGCUCCAUGCUUGCCUCGUGCUCGUACGACAAGAAGGUGCUGGUGUGGAAGGAGGAGACCGCCGGCUCGUGGGUCGUGGUCUAUGAGUUUAGCGAGGCUGCAGGCUCGGUCAACACCAUCGCGUGGGCGCCGCACGAGUUCGGCCUUGUGCUUGCUGCCGGCUCAUCCGACGGCUCGCUCUCCAUCAUCUCCAAGACAGAAGCGACCGACUGGACGGUGACCGUUGUGAAGGACGCGCACCGGGUCGGCGUCAACUCGGUCUCGUGGGCCCCGGCCCUGCCCGAGGGCGCUCUGACGAGCGCAGGCAAGGCCGACGACGGCUCUGCUGCUCUGUGCCAGCGCCUUGUCUCGGGUGGCUGCGACAACAUGGUCCGCAUCUGGCGGUACUCGACUCAAGAGUCGCGCUGGCUGCAGGAUGCAGAGCUCGCCCACCACACCGAGUGGGUCCGGUCCGUCGCCUGGGCCCCCAACGUCGGCCUGCCCACCUCCACCAUUGCCUCGGCCGGCCAGGACGGCGAGGUCGUCGUCUGGUCGCGCGGCUCUGAGCCGCACUGGAGCAAGACCGUCAUUGCCCAGCUGACCGAGACCCCGUGGUCCGUCUCCUUCUCGCUCACCGGCAACAUUCUGGCCGUCGCCGGCGCUGACGGUGCCGUCACGCUGUGGAAGGAGGACCUCGACGGCGAGUGGCGCCAGGUGUCAACCCUGACUGACGAGGCGUAGUAAACCGCGACGUAGUUGGA